AUGUCUCGUUACGAGGAUUACCGCUCAUCAUCAGGUACCCUGGACUCUCGCGAUCGAUAUGAAAGAUACUCGCGAGGCCCACCAGUAAUGGAGCGAGAACGAUCUCGCUCCCGACCCCGCCGCGUGGAGGACGAGCGAUUCGAAUUCAGAAUGCACGAAGAAGACCGCUACGGUCCUCCCGCGCGGGCCCCGGGCCGCUAUUACGAAGACGAGCACCUGGUUCACUCAUCCGGACCACUGGUAGCACCUGAUCGUCGCCGUCGCCGAGACGAGAGCCCGUCGUUUGCUCCGCCACGUUUAAUUAGGCGACAAUCCUCCCUCGAUACCUUUGAUCGCAUUCCCAAACGGAAAAUGGAACCGGCUCCUAGGGCUCCGAGGGUGCCUCAGCCACCUCUGCAUCGUCCUGAGCAGGGUCGCUAUCGUGAGCGGGAGGUUUAUGAGAAUAUUCGUAUUGCUGAACCGGAUUACUACGGUGACGAGGAGUUUCGAGAGUUCAAGGAGAGAGAUAGCACGCAUCGCAGACGCUCGGGAAGUAUGGCUAGACGGCGACAUGAGGAGAAGCCUUACCCACGGAAAGGCAAGACGCGCAUCCCGCGCAAGUUUGUGCAUAUUCAUGCGAUUUUGGAUUUGGGAUAUCCUUUCAAGGAAGAGGAAGAGACCAUUGUCAUCCAGAAGGCUUUGUCGAAGGAGCAGAUUGAUGAAGUGAUUACUCUCAGUCGCCAGUUUAGGCGGCCUGCGAUUGAGGAGACUGAAUAUCUGCAUGUUUCACGACCACGCGAGCGAGUCACAACGGAACAUCUACUGCUUGAGCCUUACCACCCACCCCGUGGCAGUCAUGAAACAUUCAUUGUCGAACCACCCUCUCACAGAGAUGUUGAGUACGAGUACGAGGAGGUGGUCGAACGCGUCGAGAGACCACGCAGGCAUACCGUCUCCCGGCCACGGUCUCUGUCGGUUCAUACACACGGUCGGGUAUCGUCUCCUGUCCAAUACAUUGAGCCUCGCUCUAGCCAUAUCGAAGAACGCUUUGAGUCGAGGCCUCGUGAAUCUGGUUCUCUAGUUCUGGUACGACCCCGUGAGAGCGACCAUGAUGUAUCGGAAUACAUUCGUGAUCUGGAAGAGGAGACCAGGAGAUUGCGGUUAGAGCGACAUGGUGGGAUUGAGAUCACGCGACAGCGUGAGGCGGAUAUCAUUGACAGCAAGGGCAAUGAGGAGGAGGUGACUGAGAUUCGCCGCCAGGAACGCAGAGAACCCAGCUCGAGGGUAAUGCGGGCUAUGAUGGCCACCUUGACUUAA